GGCUCCGGUCGCCGCGGGACAGUCGAGCCCGGAGGAGGCUGCGCCCGGGGCGGCACCGCUGGGUGAAGCCGGGCUCUCGGGCCCCGGCGGUGGAGACCCGCCUCGGUGCCCAGGCCGGCCCCGCGCACCUGCCCGCGGUCUGCGGCCCGGACUCCCCUGCCCCCGGCGCCGCCUUCCCCGCCGCCGCCGCCGCUGCAGCCGGAGCGGGGCUCCGCGGGCCUGGAGCGCGGCCGGGUCUAAUAUGCCCGGCGCCGAGGCGCGAUGAAGGAGAAGUCCAAGAAUGCGGCCAAGACCAGGAGGGAGAAGGAAAAUGGCGAGUUUUACGAGCUGGCCAAGCUGCUCCCGCUGCCAUCGGCCAUCACCUCGCAGCUGGACAAGGCGUCCAUCAUCCGACUCACCACCAGCUACCUGAAGAUGCGCGCGGUCUUCCCGGAAGGUUUAGGAGAUGCGUGGGGACAGCCGAGCCGCACGGGGCCUCUGGACAGCGUUGCCAAGGAGCUAGGAUCGCACCUGCUGCAGACUUUGGAUGGAUUUGUUUUUGUGGUAGCAUCUGAUGGCAAAAUCAUGUAUAUAUCGGAAACAGCCUCCGUACAUUUAGGCUUGUCCCAGGUGGAGCUCACGGGCAACAGCAUUUACGAGUACAUCCACCCCUCCGACCACGACGAGAUGACGGCCGUCCUCGCGGCCCACCAGCCUCUCCACCACCACCUGCUCCAAGAGUAUGAGAUCGAGAGAUCGUUCUUCCUCCGGAUGAAGUGUGUCCUGGCGAAGAGAAACGCGGGCCUGACGUGCAGCGGAUACAAGGUCAUCCACUGCAGCGGCUACUUGAAGAUCAGGCAGUACAUGCUGGAUAUGUCCCUGUACGACUCCUGCUACCAGAUCGUGGGGCUGGUGGCCGUGGGCCAGUCGCUGCCGCCCAGCGCAAUCACGGAGAUCAAGCUGCACAGUAACAUGUUCAUGUUCCGGGCCAGCCUUGACCUGAAGCUGAUAUUCCUGGAUUCCCGGGUGACGGAGCUGACCGGGUACGAGCCGCAGGACCUGAUCGAGAAGACCCUCUACCACCACGUGCACGGCUGUGACGUGUUCCACCUCCGCUACGCGCACCACCUCCUGCUGGUGAAGGGCCAGGUGACCACCAAGUACUACCGGCUGCUGUCCAAGCUGGGCGGCUGGGUGUGGGUGCAGAGCUACGCCACCGUCGUGCACAACAGCCGCUCUUCCCGGCCCCACUGCAUCGUGAGUGUCAAUUAUGUGCUCACGGACAUUGAAUACAAGGAGCUGCAGCUGUCCCUGGACCAGGUAUCCACAUCCAAGUCCCAGGGUUCCUGGAGGGCUGCCUUGUCGACCUCACAAGAAACGAGGAAGUUAGCUAAACCCAAAAAUACGAAGAUGAAGACAAAGCUGAGAACAAACCCUUACCCCCCGCAGCACUACGGCUCGUUCCCGAUGGACAAAUUGGAAUGCGGCCAGCUGGGAAACUGGAGGGCCAGCCCCCCGGCCGACGCGGCGCCCCCCCCAGAGCAGCAGCUCCAUGCGGAGGGUGGCGACCUGCUGUACACCCCGUCCUACGGCCUGCCCUUCUCCUACCAUUACGGACACUUCCCUCUGGACUCGCACGUCUUCAGUAGCAAAAAGCCAGUGCUGCCAGCCAAGUUCGGGCAGCCCCAAGGAUCGCCGUGUGAGGUGGCGCGCUUCUUCCUGAGCACGCUGCCAGCCGGUGCCGAGUGCCAGUGGCACUAUGCCAACCCCCUCGUGCCGAGCGGCCCAUCUCCGGCUAAAAGCCUCUCUGAGCCCCCGGUGAGCUCGGCGCGGCACGGCCUCAUGCCCAGCUACGAAGCGCCCGCCACCGCCGCCGCGCGCAGGUUCGGCGAGGACACCGCACCGCCGGCCUUCCCGAGCUGCGGCCACUACCGCGAAGAGCCCGCGCCGGGCCCGGCCAAGGCCGCCCGCCAGGCCCCCCGGGAAGGGGCGCGGCUGGCGCUGGCCCGCGCGGCGCCCGAGUGCUGCGCGCCGCCGGUCCCUGAGCCCCCGGGCGCGCCCGCGCAGCUGCCCUUCGUGCUGCUCAACUAUCACCGCGUGCUGGCCCGGCGCGGGCCUGGGGGCGCGGCGCCCGCCCCGCCCGCCCUCGCCGGCGGCCCCAGCGCCCCCGAGGCGGCGCCCGGCGCGCUGCGGCCCCGGCCCCCCGGCCCUGGCCCCGGCCCCGCCCCGGCCGCCGCCGGCUCGCCGCCCGGCGCGCCCCUGCCGCACUACCUGGGCGCCUCGGUCAUCAUCACCCACGGCAGGUGA